CGUCUGCAUUCUGAAGAUGGAUUCAAGUCUAACACAGUACUUGUUGUCGGUCAUCCAAAGCCUACCUGUCUCCACAGAGAUGUUCUUGCAGGAACACCUUCAUGUUCUCCUCCAGGAUGUGUCCCCCUAUUUUAUGGGAUUGGCCGCUACGCUAAUGUCCGUUCUGUUCGCCGUCGUUGUGACUUAUAAAUGGAGAAGAAACAAAAACAACAAGUUACCAAAAAAACAUAAAGAUGAAACUAAAGACACGACAGGAGGCCAAAAGAGUAAGAAGAAUUCUACGAAGAUGGCGACUCCAACCCAGCGAAUGCAGGACUACCAGCAGUCACUGAAGAUCAUCUUGGCAAUGAAGCGGAUAUAUAGACUGGAAGACCAAAUCAAUGUAAGUGACACCCUUCAAAAGACGAUGGAGAAUGACCUCAAGGCUGCAAGAAAAGAUCUGGAGAAGAUCGACCAGCAGCCUGAAGAAUCUGAGGGGCUGAAGGCCACGCAACUUGAACUGGAGAGCAAGAUGUCAGAGAUCAGGGACCUCCGUAAAAAGCUGCAAGAAGCCAAGCUUCAUUCCGAGGCUCUCGCAGAGAAGAACCGGCAGAAGGAGGCUUAUUUGACUGAAAUAAAGGAAAGAUACAAGCAGGAGUUUAGGAAAAAAAUCUAUGAAGAGCAGCAGUGGAGGGAGGAGAUUGACGAAGAGGUGGAGAUUCUGAAGAAGAAGCUGGAGAAGAAGCAGAGCGAGGUACGUUGAGUCCACUCAGGAGCAGAAUCUGUGUCCAAUGGAGACGAAGUCUUAACGAUGGCAGAGGAAGAGGAAAUCAGAAGCAGAAAAUUCCUAAAUCUACCCGGUGAAAAAGCUGAACUUCCCCAGUUAGCUGAUGACAACUCAGCGACUGCCUUUUUAUUUACAGCUUGAAAAUGAGUCAAUUUACUGACUUUAUUGUAUUAGAUGAUGAUGGAAGAUAUUGAGAUGCCUUGAUGUGUAAAUAUUUAGUUUAUCAUAAUCAUCUAAGUGUAUAUAUUGUGACAAGAGUAAAUUAUAUUUAAAAGAACAUGAAGCAGGUUUGGAAUUCUUGUAUGACUUUAUGUUGACAUUUUCACUUUUUCAUAUCUAGUGUGUAUUUUAUUAAAAUAUGUGUUAUCUUAUAAA